AUGCCACGAUCAUACUCACGUUCGCGUUCUCGCUCCAAUUCGUCGAGUGUGUCACCCGACCGUCGUUCACGCUCGCCAGCUCGUAAUAAUGAUCACGACGACGACGAUAGUAAUAACUGUCGAUUACAUGUUGCUGAUCUCUCAUCCAGUUGUACAAAACGUCAAGUCGAAAAAGCGUUCGAGAAGUGGCCCUUAACUGAAGUUUGGCAUGCACAAGCAUCGUGUUUUGCUUUUGUUGUGCUACGUAAUCGGGAAGAUGUUCGACAAGCAAUCGACGAGUUAGACGGACGAUUCAUUGGUAACGCACGUGUUCGUGUUACUUUAGCUCGACCACGCAUUCGCUCCAGUGGUGCUAGUGAUGGUGGUAGACGAUACUUUGACGCAAAUAAACGGUGUUACCAAUGCGGUGUCCGAGGUCAUUUCAGUCGUGAUUGUGGCAAUGAACAACGAAGCAGCAGAAGAUCUGACAAUGAAUACCGAUCUCGUAAGGACGAGCGUCGACGUGAACGAUCGUAUUCUCGAUCGCGUUCUCGAUCGCCUCGUCCGCGUGUUGUUCGAGAAACUCGUCGUUACAGUCCUCGCCGAUCACCACCAAGCUCGAGUUAUAAAUCACGUGAAAAUGGCUCUGGUUACUACUCCAGUCCACCUCGAACGAAAUAA